UUCAUGACAUGAGGCUAGCAGCAUAGAAUCUCUCUCCAAUAAUCAAUCUGAGCACCAGGUUUGUCGGUAUGUUCUCCGUAUACCUCAAUGGUCCGAAUAGCCUCUCUCUAUUUGGUGGGGAGUGGACAUUUCAACCGGAUGCUUCAGAUUUCAUAUCCGGUGAAACAUGUGACUUCUUGUUUUGUCUUAGGUGUUAAAGUGGGCGAAUGUGGUAUUUGGUAUAACGUGCGAUAGUUUCAGUGACGGUGUUCGGUCAGUCUGACAGUAAAGAUGCCAUUGUGUGGAGGAACAACUGGGCCAAAGGAUGCCACUGAGGAGGUGCAGAAGAUUUGUGAUGAGAUGAAGCCGCAUGCAGAGCAGAAAACGGGGAGGAAUUUUGACGUUUUCACAGCGAAAAUUUACAAGACUCAGUUGGUGGCAGGGACCAACUUCUUCAUCAAGGUUCAUGUUGGUGGUGAAGACCAUGUCCACCUGCGCGUGUAUAAAAUGCUGCCACACGCCGGAAGCAAACUGGAGCUGACCAGCCUGCAGGAGUCCAAAGCCCACAGCGACCCCAUCGAGUACUUCUGAUUUAACCCUAUCAAGUACUUCUAAUGACCCCUGUGACCCAGCCGCAGUCCGAGCCGAACCCCGGUGCCUACCCUACCCAAUACACUACAGCCUCCUUUCCCUACACAUAAUAGAUCUAUGGUCAUUCUACAGCCCAGGUAGCCUUUUAAUAUCAGUUUUCAGUGUUUCUUAAAAUUAUUUUAUAAUAUGUAGCUGAUAGGAAACCUUCAUGUAUGAAGGGAAAUUGAAAUAAUGAAUGAGCUCCAAACAUGAAUGUAUAUUUGCCUACUCAAUUAAAGACAAUAUACUAUUUUGCCACAUGGUUAAUAAAUCAUAAUACUUUGUAACGAA